AUGCAUUUAUUAAGAAACAUUGAUUAAUUUGGAGUUACAUAUCAAUAGGAAAUUGUCAAAGAUGAGAAAGAAUAUAAAAGCGUCAUGGGAGGAAUGACUUCCUUGCUCUUAUACACAUUAAGCUUUGCUUAUUUCAUAUAUAAGAUUUUUCUAUGGCUAAAUGGAGAUAUUCUUCCAAGGGUUUCUUCUUAAAGAUCUUCUUAAAGUUAUGCUGAAGUAGAAUUUGAUUAUGACCCAAUAAUGUUUUAAAUAGCUGGAAUGAGUGGUAAUUAAAAUAUCGAUCCAUUUUCGAAAACUGAAAAUAUAAUCACUCCGUAUUUUUCAUAUAUUGAUGAUAUUGUAAUCUCAUAGAAGUAAUCUUUUUUGGAUUCAGCUGUGUCUCCUGCAAGAGAGGGCAUUUCCUCAUCAGUUGUACCCUAGAAUCUAACUUUGAUUCUUAAUCAAAAAGGAAUUAGCGAUCAAACACCGAAAUAUUAGAGAUAAUUAAUGAUAUUAUUCGAAAGAUGCAAUAGAACAGAAUUUAGUAAUUGUGCCAGUUAAGAAAAGUAAGAUGCAUUUUUUAAACAACCAUUAAAUACGUUUUUCAUAACAAUCUAAAUGAGAUAAUUCAAUACAAAAAAAAAAGAAUUUGAAAUGAUAACAAAAUAAAUCUAUUUUAUAUUAGAUGAAAUAACAGUGUUAUAUACCUAAUUAUUAUUUUAAAUAACCGAGUCAUCAACUGACACAGGGUUCUUUUUAGAAUCAAUCAAAAAGUCUAAAUAUAUUAGUGACUUCCAGACUACUUCAUAAUAAUUACCCCAAAACAAUUUUAAAAGAGUGUUUGGCAAUGAAUAUCUAGCAACCUUUCUCAUAAGCAUUGAUAGUUUAGGCGAAAACCAACUGAUAAUCUACCCCAAAUUAGGAGAAAUCUUAGCUGAUGUUGGUUCAAUCAUGUCCACUUUGAUGAUUUUGAAAAUAAUAGUAAUCAAAAUCAACUUUAAGAUGCAAGAGGACAAUUUACUUAUCACUAUAAUUAGCUACUACUAUCCUGAAUUCAAACAAAUUAGGAUUGAAAAAAAUAUACUAGGCUAAAUCAAUAAUGUAGAAAAGAAUGGAAAAACCAUAGAUGAUAAAACCUAAUUUAUCAAAUUCUAUGAUCAAUUGAAAGAUCUUACUAAAGAGAAACUAACCCUUACAAAUAUAUUGUAUGAAAUUUCUCGAUUACAAUUUAUUGUUCAAUCUAUGUAAUCUAAACAAGAAUUACGGCAAAGUCAUUAAGUAGGAAUCAAGUUAAAAUUCUUUGAUGAACAUGUUAGUCCCUAAAAAGUGCCUAUAAAAUCAGUAGAAAAAAGUUAAGAUGAAAAGAUUGAAAUUUGUCCUCUUUAACCGAAGAAACCCUAAGAAACAUUGGAACCUUAGAAGUAGGCAGAAAUAUUGCAAGAUGAAGACUAUACUCUUUUUUCUAAGAUUAAUCAUCUUAAAAAGUGGCCCUACGAUAUUGAAUAAUAGGUAGUAGGAUUUUAUUAAGCAAAUAAAGUCUUACAUUGA